AUGUCUAAUCGUAAUCAAAUAGAAGCAUUAACAAUUGAACAAAGAGUUGCAUGUCAAUCAGAUAUUGAUGUAUUAACAUGUUCGAUAUGUUUGUCUCUGAUGACUGCACCAGUCAAACAAUGUACGGUUGGACACAAUGGCUGUGGGAGUUGUAUGGAUGAGGUUGCCUCAACAAUAGGAACUUGUCCCCAGUGUAGAAUACCAAUUUCAAAUGGAAGAUUGUUAAGAUCAACAGAUGUCAAUAAAAUCUUAUUAUCGUUAAAGAUUCAUUGUGUAAAUCAUUUUAUAUACGAUAGAGAAAGUAAUAAAUGGGAAAAGAAUUCAAAAGGAUGCCCAGUGAUUACAACUGUUGAAAAAUCGGACAAUCACCAAUCAACGUGUAAAUAUAAUCUUGUUAAAUGUCCAUUUCAAGGUUGCAACGUAAACUUAUUCGAAAAUGAAAUGGCUAGUCAUAUUGCACAAUGUCAAUACCAAGAAAAGAUACCAUGUCCCUUUGGUCCUAAUGGAACAAAGCCAGAAGUCGAUCAACAUAUUCGAAAUCUAUUAUCAAACCAUAUUAGAAUCAACCAAGAAAGAAUGGAAGAUAUAUUCUUUGAUCUGCACCAACAAAUUACUACAUCAAUUGAAUUAUCACUCGAGAUUAAUAGAAAUGUUUUCUCGAAUUUCUUAUUUUAA